CGGUUUGACGUCCCGGUUCUUGCUGUCUCGCGCGCCACCUGACGUUCUUCUUCCAAAUCCGCUCCUCUUCACAGACCUCCUGCGCGACCUCCACCACUACACGUCGGCAGUCAGCACAGCGACCUGGUCUCUCCGUCGCCGCCUUCCCUCACCGAUACACCUUAUCAACACAAGUAGUAGUUCGACUGCCACGUGCGCAUCCUUGCCGCUGGCGCCUGAGUGCAUGUGACCAACUUCCAAGCUUCCACUCAGCAAUCUUACUCUUUUCGCAAACACCACCCUUCAACAACUACGAGUCAUCAGCAACAUCUGCAUCAACUUGAUCCGCGCAGCAUCAGUGCGGUUCGAACGUGAGCGACACGGCCUCAGUGUGUUACGGUCUGAUCCAUUCGGUCCUUACCUAGAGUGACGACGAUCUGCGAUGUCGAAGCUAUUCAUCGGCGGCCUGGCAUGGCAUACCGAUGACCAGACUUUGCGCACCAAGUUCGAGGAGUUCGGUCAGGUCGAUGAGGCUGUCGUGGUAAAGGACCGCGAUACUGGUCGCAGCCGCGGCUUCGGUUUCGUGCGCUUUGCUGAAGAUGCCGCUGCCGACUCGGCUAUCGCAGCGAUGAACAACGUCGAAUUCGAUGGACGCACCAUCCGCGUCGACAAGGCUUCUGAUCGAGGCAGCGGCGGCGGCGGUGGUGGAGGCGGCUUUAGCGGUGGCCGCGGUGGCUACGGCGGCGGAGGCUACGGCGGCGGCCGUGGAGGUUAUGGCGGAGGUGGUGGCUAUGGAGGCCAACAAGGCGGCUAUGGCGGCCAGGGCUAUGGUGGCGGCCAAGGCUACGGUGGAGGCAACUGGCGCCAAGGCGGCGGUGGAGGCUACAGCCAGCAGGGUGGAUUCCAAGGCGGCCAGGAAGGCGGUUAUCAGCAGCAGCCUAAUGGCGGCGGCUAUGCUCAGCAGCAGGGAGGCGGUGGCUGGCAGUAAGCCUGGCCGGAGCAUACCAUUACUGUCCUCUCGCAGGGACAUUCGCCACGGGUUAGAUGGCAAGAAGGAUACUCUCAUUUGAGGUGGAUGAUUCUCAGAAUGCAAGCAGCAUGGGAUCUUGGAACGGAGCAAGUACUGAAUUUUCCUCUUGGGGCAACGGCAGCGACAGCCGUAUCGAAGUGUCUCCCGACAGGGCGACUGUUUGUGGUGAUUCGGAAUGAUACCCGUUUUGCAGCAAAAUGGUAGCUGGGCGUACUGGUAUGGCCCGUAGUCUGCAAUGAGCAACGUCAAUGACAUGAAGUCUAAAUUG